UUCAUUAAUUACACUAGCUAGUUUUAUCUCUCAAGAACUGGAUGGAUAUUUCAAUAAAAGUGAUGCUUUCUUUUUCUCUAAUCCUGGUUUCCUUGCUGCGGCAUCUUGAGCCAUCAAUUGCCCAAACCUAUUCCCAACAAGAUGCAUCAGAUGAUCUUGUGACUGAUAAACUUCCUGGCCAGCCUGCGGAAGUUGGCUUCAAACAUUACGCUGGGUAUGUGACAGUCAACAAGACUAAUGGAAGAUCACUCUUCUACUGGUUUUUUGAAUCUUCCACAUCUCCUCAACAGAAACCUCUACUUCUUUGGCUUAAUGGAGAUUUGGAUGAAAUGGCUUAUAUCAAACGUGAGGGCUGAAUCAGGCUCAAUAAUUGAAGACUGCAUCGGCCUGCACCACAUCAAAGAGACGGUGUAAUUUAAAAAGGAAUUACACAUUUACACACAUAACCAAACCAUGUAUUUCUAUUUUACAUGCAAACUGUUUACAG